AUGGCAGCGGUGGCGCCACUGCUAAACGAUCGCAAGCGGGUCAAGGUCUAUGAACUCAGAGAUAAUGACUGGUUUGAUAGAGGGACCGGCUUGUGUUCUGCUCAAGUUAUCGAUGAUGAACCGCGAAUCUACGUUGAGUCCGAGGAAGAACCUGAGCGCAUGUUACUGGAGACCAGGGUUUGUAGGGAUGAUGGAUAUCAGAAGCAACAAGAGACGUUGAUCGUGUGGACAGAGGCAAGCGGCACAGAUAUGGCAUUAAGUUUCCAGGAGGCAGAGGGUUGCGCUGUCAUUUGGUUCUUCGUGAGCAAUGUUCAGCGACAAAUGAUAUCUUUCACGGGUCAAGAUGACUCCCUUUCCGACGAUGCCCUUGACGCUAGCUUCGGAAAUCCCGUCAUACUCCCCGCCCCAGACCUAGGAAAUCUUUCAGAUGUUGAGCAAAAAAUACGACAAGCCAGCGUCGGUCCUACACGAGAUUCACUCACCAAAUUUAUACUCCGCGAUGAAUACAUCCUCAAGCUUGUUCCCCUGGUUUUCGAUGCCGAAGACCUAGAAAGCCUCCCGGAUCUGCACCGGCUAUGUAAUAUUAUGAAGUCCAUUAUACUGCUCAACGACAAUACUCUCACCGAGCUGCUCGUGAACGAUCAUGUUAUCAAUGGUGUCGCUGGCGCUCUGGAAUACGAUCCCGAUUUCCCCGCUCACAAGGCAAACCAUCGUCAAUACCUCAAUGACCGCAGUCGCUUUAAACAAGUUGUUCCAAUCAAGGACCCAGUAGUCCUGCGCAAAAUCAGACACACCUGGCGCCUACAAUAUCUGAAAGACGUUGUGCUGGCCCGAAUUCUCGACGACCCCACCUUCUCCGUACUAAACUCCCUAAUCUUCUUCAACCAAGUCGAUAUAGUCCAGCACCUCCAAAGUAACACCCAUUUCCUCCACGAACUCUUCGCCGUCUUCAACCCGAAAAAUGUAGACAACAAGCGAAAAGAAGAGGCAGUCCAAUUCCUCCAACAAUGCGCCGCCAUCGCCAAAAACCUCCAAGCUCCCGCACGUGGCAGCCUCUUCACCAACUUCAUCAGUCACGGCCUCUUCUCCGUCAUCGCGUUUUCCGUGAAGCACCCCAACCCCGCCAUACGAACGACCGGUAUCGACAUCCUAGUUGCCCUGCUCGACCACGACCAGCUGAUGAUGCGCGGAUAUAUGCUCAAGGUCAUGAAUGAAAAUAAAGUGUCGCUGACGGAUAGGCUUAUAGACUUGUUUCACGCGGAGACAGAUUUGGGCGUUAAGAACCAAUUGGCAGAUGCAAUUAAGGCCACCCUAGACCCGCUGUUGCCGAUCCAGGAUCCGAAGAGUAGCACUGGAGCAGACUGUGCUUCGAAACUGCACGCGCAGAACCCGCCGCUACCGGGCGCUUUCGUGCAGAGCCAUUUCGAUGAAUUGGUGAAAAAGCUGUUUGCACCGUUCAAACUACUGGACGCUAGGAAAUCACUUAAUGAUCUUACGUUUCAAGAAGUCUCGCUAUAUUCGCAUCUUGUUGAUAUUCUCACUUUCUUUGUUAGGCAGCAUUAUUUACGAUGUCGAGGGUUUAUACAUGGGGAGUCACUUACGCCUAAGGUGGCGCAAAUGUUAACAGUGCCGCACAAACAUUUGAAACUAACCGCUGUGAAAUUCUUCCGUGCCUUGAUAAGCCUCCAAGAUACAUUCUACGUAGCGCAGAUGACCCACAACAACAUUUUCGAACUAAUACUCAACAUUGUCUACGAAUCCAUGCCGCGAGACAACCUGCUGAACUCCGCCUGUUUGGAACUCUUCGAAUUCGUCAAGCGCGAAAAUAUUAAGGCGAUAAUCAUACACGUCGUCGGGAAGCACAGAGAUGUUCUCAAGGACAUCACCUACGUUGACACGUUCCAGAAUCUGAUAUUGCGUUAUGAUCAGAUGCAAGGAUACGGCAAUACUGCUGAAGGUGCAGAUGCGACGCUAUUUAACCAGGAUGAGUCGGGCACAGCUGCUGUGCCGCGAAUGCUCAUCAACGGUGGGCAGCGGUGGCAUGGCAUUCAGGAGAUGGAUGCGGCGGAGGAAGAGUACUUCGAUAACUCGGAUGACGAGGAAGAUGAGCAGGAAAAGCAGCAACGACUGGAUACGACUGUGACGACGACCGGUACAACGAUGACGACAGGGGUCGCGGUCAACGGAUCUGCGUCGCCCGCCGUCAAACCUCUCGUCGAUUAUCCUGACGAUAAUGACGACGGCGACCCUAUGGACGUUAAUGUGCAGGAACAGCAGCCGGCAGAUCUAUUACCUUCCUCCCUUGACCAAGCGCAGACACAGACACAGCCACAGGCUCAACAACCACUCACUGAAACCACCUUCAUCACCACCUCAGACUCCAGCACGCACCCUCAACAGCAACUCCAACCAAACCCCCGCCUCCCCCCACACCGCUACACCGAAAAACGCCGCCGCGAAGAAGACGACGACGAUGACGAGCUCAUCAAAUUAUCCUCGGGCACGAAGCGGCGCAGCUCAAGUCUUAGCAGCGUCGGCUCCUCCAUGGGUAGCGGUGUUAGCGCUUUGAGGAAGAAGAAGAAUUUUUCGGCUGGGGAGAGACUUGGUGAUGGCGAUAGUGGCGGUGAUGUGGAUUCGUCGAAUACGAAGUUGAAGACGAAGGCCGGGACAGGAGGUGGCACUGCUGCUGGUGGCGGUGGCGGUGGGCCGAAGAAGAUUUCCAUUAACCUGACCAUGUCGUCGUUGAAGGCAGGAGUUGCCGGGAAGAAUGCUUCGCCGGGAAUGGGAGUCGCGGCAGAGGCGGUUGGGGACGUGGGGUCCGGGCCAGGGACGAAGGCGAAUAGUGCGGCCAUCGGCACCGCCACGCCCAUUGCUGAAGGACGGCAUGCAAAUAUCCCCCGAGAAGAAUGA